UUGGCACUCUACUGGCCAUGAGCGUAACUGAAAACUACGAUACCCAUAAUGCACUGCGCGCUUUGGGAAAAAAGUUGAAAGGUCACAGAGCGAAACCGGUUAGUGAAUGACAGCGUGAGCGCAGAGUCAAUGAAGUACCUCACAUGGCUGGUCGACUACUGAAAGUAUCAUCUGUUGCCACUGCAGUGUUCGCAUCAACAGGGUUCUACCUGUACAACAAAAAUGUUGAUCUCAAUGACCUCAGCAUCAUUAGAUUUGGGAGGGCAGCUGCUGUGACAGCUGUUAUUAGUUAUGACUACCUCACGGCUCUCAAAAAUCUACAGUAUGGCACAGAAGAGUACUGGGCUGUCAAAUCAAAGCUUCACAGGCGCUCUGCAGAGAGACUCAGGGAGUUGUGUUGUGCUAACAGAGGCACCUUCAUUAAAAUGGGCCAGCACCUGGGAGCCCUGGAUUAUCUCUUACCUGAAGAGUACACCAGCACGCUGAAGGUCCUUCACAGCAGAGCUCCUCAGAGCUCUAUGGAGGAAAUCAAGCAGGUCAUUCGGGAAGACUUGGGAAAAGAGCUUGGUGAGCUUUUUAUUCAGUUUGAAGAGAAGCCCCAGGGUGCCGCCUCCCUAGCUCAGGUCCACAGAGCUGUACUUUCGGACGGCAGGACCGUUGCAGUGAAGGUGCAACAUCCCAAGGUCCAGCAGCAAAGCUCCAAGGACAUUGUUGUGAUGGAGUUCCUCCUGCAGGUUGUCCAAUGGUUGUUUCCAGACUUUGCUUUUAUGUGGCUGGUGGAGGAGGCUAAGAAGAACAUGCCUCUAGAGCUGGACUUCCUCAAUGAAGGCCGAAACGCAGAGAAAGUAGCAGAGAUGCUCAAACGGUUCGACUUUCUGAAGAUCCCAAAGAUUUACUGGGAACUAUCCACCAAGCGCAUUCUUACCAUGGACUUUGAGGAGGGCGGUCAGGUCAACGAUCGAGAAUAUAUGAGAAAACAUGGUAUCAACGUCAAUGAGAUUUCCCAGAACCUGGGCAAGAUAUUCAGUGAGAUGAUAUUCGUCAAUGGUUUUGUGCACUGUGAUCCCCACCCUGGGAACGUGUUGGUCCGAAAGGGUCCUGAGAGCAACAAGACAGAAAUUGUGUUACUCGAUCAUGGUCUGUAUCAGGUGCUGAACCAGGACUUCAGGCUCAACUACUGCAAGCUGUGGCAGAGUUUGAUAAGAGGAGAUAUGAAGGGCAUUGAGCGUUACAGCAGGCAGCUGGGUGCAGGCGAUCUCUACCCUCUUUUUGCAUGCAUCCUUACCGGCCGCUCCUGGAAGUCAGUCAACACCGGCAUCAGUCAGACCCCUGUCACUCAAUCUGAGGAUGUGGAGAUCCGUACAAAUGCGGCACAGUACCUCCCUCAGAUCAGUGAGCUUCUGAACAGGGUUCCCCGGCAGAUGCUGCUGCUCAUGAAGACCACUGACCUGCUGAGAGGCAUCGAGACCACCCUGCAGACCAGAGCCAGCUCCAGCUCCUUUAUCAACAUGUCCCGCUGCUGCACCCGUGCCAUUGCCAGGCACAAGAUGAGUAAAACCAAGUCCGGGACCAGGCGACUGCAGAUCUCACUGUCUGAACAUUGGGCUCUCUGCCAAAUAGGCCUGUAUGAACUUAUGUUGUGGCUCCGCAGCUCUGCUCUGGCCAGAUGGGUCUACUAUCUCCUCGGCUGCUUGCCGUACCCAAACUGAGACACGGGUGUCAGGCUAUGUAACCCAGGCCAGCCCCUUGUGAACCAAACAGUGAUCCUAGCACUGAACUCAGGACACAGCCAAAUGCAUUGGAUGUUUUUAUUAAUGAUUCUCAGUUGUGUGUCUUACAUAGUGUCAAAUGGAAUAAAUGUAUUUUAAAGUCAUUUUAGUAAUGCACAGACAUAAGGUCAGUGCAAGGUCAUGUGAUUACCCUUAUGAAAAUUAACCAUGGUUUUAUUCCAGUUGGUCACUAUACACCAUUAGGAGAUAUAUAUAUAUAUAUAUAUAUAUAUAUAUAUAUAUAUAUAUAUAUAUAUAUAUAGCCAGCGGUAAUCAAUAUACCAAAAAAAUCAUGGUUUGUUUUUGUAAAGGCAAUAUGUAUUAGUGCCAGUGCUUACUGCAUGUUUAACUUUCAGUUAUUUGUAUUAUUUCGCAGGUACUGUAUGUACAGUAAAUAUACAUUGUGCAAAAUCCAGACAUGUGAAAUCAGCAUUGAGCUGCCUUGUUUAUCUUCUCUAGAUGUUACCUCUUCACAGAUUUAAUGUAAAAUCCUUUUCGCAAUCUGUUUUCACAUUCCUUUGGAUUUUCCUCUUCCGUUCUGUUGAAGAAUAUUUUAACAAUUCAUAACAGUUUAUGAACAACA